GAGCUCACAGGCAUGCUGGUAGAGGCGCUUGCGAUGUCGCGCGCUUCGUCUAUGGACCCACUCGCUCUUCACACUGUCAUUACUCAGACGCACCCCCAUCUCAAAUCGAAACACAACAAAAAAGAGUGGCUUAACCUCAUUCUAGCCACGCUUGAAGCGGGUCACGAUCGAUGUGGGAUGUUCGAGAAAGUUCAGAGUAGCGGGACGGACGCGGCAAAGCAUUCAAGGUGGUUCUAUAUCUCUGAGAAGGACGAAGACCGUGAGCGUGCGGGGCUACUGGAAGAGCUUAUGCCAAAGCAGAAGAGGAGCGAGACGAAGAAGUUCAAGAAGUAUUAUUAUCCGCCACUGCAGAAGGUCACGAGGUGGGAAUCAGAGGAUGCGAUUUGA